AUGGCAGUUGAUAGUGAAGGCGGGGAAUAUGCUGGCAAGAUUACAGGGUUUGUAGUGUUAUCUUGCCUGAUUGCUGCAACUGGAGGAAUAAUCUUUGGUUAUGACCUUGGAAUUUCAGGUGGGUUGACCUCAAUGGAAUCAUUUCUCAAGGAAUUCUUCCCAGAAGUUUACAAAAAAAUGAAGGAAGAAACAAAGACAAGCAACUAUUGCAAAUUUGAUAGCCAACUGUUGACACUUUUCACUUCCUCUCUCUAUAUAGCUGGUCUUAUUGCCUCUUUCUUUUCUUCACCAGUCACUAGGGCAUUCGGCCGGAAAAUAUCAAUCUUGAUUGGUGGAACUGCAAUUCUUGCUGGUGCUGCCUUUGGUGGAGCGUCUUAUAAUAUUUAUAUGUUGUUACUCGGUCGCGUUUUGCUUGGUGUUGGCCUUGGUUUUACCAAUCAGGCAGUUCCAUUAUAUCUGUCAGAAAUGGCACUAUCCAAAUACAGGGGAUCUUUUAACACUGGUUUCCAAAUAUUUCUUAAAAUUGGUUUUAUAAUAGCCACGAUUAUUAACUAUUGCGCUGUUAAAAUCAAAGGAGGUUGGGGUUGGCGAAUUUCGUUAGCAAUGGCUGCAGCCCCGGCUGCGAUUCUGACUAUUGGGGCGUUUUUCCUCCCCGAGACACCAAAUAGCCUAAUUCAGCAAGUAAAUGAUCAUGAAAAGGCCAAGCGAAUGCUGCAAAGAAUCCGAGGUGUUGAUGAUGUCCAAGUAGAACUAAACGAUCUCAUACAAGCAAGUGGUGCUUCAAAACGCGUCAAACACCCAUUGAAGAAUCUCUUGCUAAGAAAAUAUAGGCCUCAGCUCUUCAUGUCAAUAGCAAUUCCCUUUUUCCAACAAGCAACAGGAAUCAAUGUGAUCGGGUUCUAUGCUCCAGUACUCUUUCGAACAAUUGGUUUAGCAGAAACUGCAUCGCUGUUGUCAGCAACACUGCUCUCAUUCGUGGGCUUAGGUUCGACUAUUGCAUCAUCUUUGAUAGUCGACAAACUUGGCAGACGAGCUUUGUUUAUCUUGGGCGGGAUUCUAAUGUUCGUUACACAAAUGUUCAUUGGAGCAAUAAUGGCAGCUGAAUUGGGGGAUCAUGGAGAAUUAAGCAAAGGGUUUGGCAUUUUGGUUUUGAUCUUAACUUGUGUAUACGUUGCUGCUUUUAGUUUGUCAUGGGGACCAUUGGGAUGGGUUGUUACAAGUGAAAUUUUUCCUCUGGAAAUAAGGUCAGCAGCACAAAGUAUUAAUGUAGCUACAAGUCUUCUUUUUACAUUCAUCAUUGCUCAAGGUUUUCUUGCUAUGCUUUGCCACAUGAAGUCUGGAAUUUUCUUCUUCUUUGGGGGAUGGGUGGCAUUAAUGACUGGAUUUGUCUACUUUUUCCUGCCAGAAACCAAGAAUAUUCCUAUUGAGAAAAUGGAGAAAAUAUGGGGGGAGCAUACUUUCUGGAAAAGAUUUGUUCCUAGUAAUCAAGAUUAUGAAAAGAGUAUGAUUGAAAAAGAAUGA